AUGUUUCCACGGAACUUUUUAGUGCUCGCACUGAGCAUAAGCCUUACUCUGGCAGCACCAGAACUAGAACACCCCAGCGGAACAAUGAAAGCCAGGCCCUAUAUCGCUUCCAAAGCUUCAGUUUCCGACAAUAUCUGUUACGUUCGGGGCAAGGCACACCGUGCUCCUACGUUCCAGGCCCCGACCCGAGACGUAUGUUACCCCAUCAAGGCGACGAACCAGCUUAAAAUAUACAAGACGGCAACGUGCACCAACGGUACAGCGGCGUUACUGGCCCGUUAUGAUGCACCUAACUGUGUGGGUGAGCCUAAUAUGCUGGACAUCGUGGACGAAGAGCUUCUGGAAAGGUGCCUAAAGAUGCCCUCGGAUGCAGCCGGAAGUUAUGCGUUCUGGUGCACUGGAGACAUUACGAAACCCCUUGUAAAGGCCCUGUCAAAUACGCCUGAUAAGUCCGAAACAAGUAACGGCAGCAUUCUGGGGCUGAUUGGGAUGCUGCUUCUUGUGCUGGCGGUGGUGACACUAUUUGCUCUCAUCCGGCUCGCCAUUUUCUUACACCGUUGUAUCACCACUGGAAAUAAAUUCAUGGGCCUGUUCCAGAAAGACGGAUCUAUCGCUUUGUAA